GGCCCAAGUGUUCGUUGGGUCGACCUUAGACAGCUCCUCUGGUCGUCGCCGCAAACGGAAAGCGGCACCCCGUCUGGCACAAUGUUCGCCCAGCAGUUCGACCAUUCCUUGAAUGAUUUAGAUUUAUUUAAUCAGUACGUCAAUAUGGACAACUCCAGUGUGGAUGGCAACAAAGAUGUUUCAUUCCCUGGCGAUCUUGACCAAAUAUUUCAGCUUGAGUCAUUGUCCAGCGACUGUGGCGAGCACUCUCCGGCCAUCUCCACAUCAACAGCGCAACCCCAUCAGCAAACAGCCCAAAAUUGGAGCAAAGACUUCUGGUGUUUGUCCCAGAACGCGGACUCUUCUACCAGCCAAGGCCAAAAUUUCUCUCUACAGGACACUGUUCACCCAUCUGCCGUUUCUGAGCUUGGUGUCAACUUUGAAGCUCCGCCGACAGCGUGCGCUCCGGAAACCCGCCCUUCUCCGUCGACUCCCCCAGCAACUCCUAGUCGUAAGACCACCAAGAGUGCUGUAACUACGCCCAAGGUGAUCCGUCGUCAUCGCGAACCUAAUGAUCGUCGUGGUCCGCUGCACAAGCAGAGCUUCUCUCCUGGCAUAACACGCUCCUCUCAACCUCAACGGAACAGAAUGGCGUAUCAAGAAGCCUGGGCGCAGCGAUUCAACAACUUCAGCUUUCGCAGCUCGGAUGAACGCCUGCCUCUGUCCCCACCACCUUCCGAUAUCCUCGUUCAACAGGAGAAUAUGGCAGCAGACAACUCUGCUGCCCACUUGAACCGCACCGAAUCACUACCCAAGGCAUCGGCUGAAAUGCCUCCCCAAUAUGACACCGGCAUCUUCAACCAAUCGCCGGCUAUCUCCAUGCCUUCUCCAUCAACAGCUGCGCUAGCGGGGCAGCCCCCGAGAUAUUUAAGCCAGUCCAGCGGCUCGGGGUUGCCCACCUCAAGCCCCCCGUCGGCUGACGACAUCUUCUCCUCCCCACAUUCUUCAGGCCCUCAGUCCAUGUCUUCCUGGCAUUCCGACUCUCUUGGCUCUUCUGGGAUUCCGUACAGCACCCCCGACCUGAGUGGACAAGAUGGCCAAGCCUGGUGGUCGCCAAUGGCUUCGAGAGUCCCACAGCGACAGCCUUCGUAUCAGCAGAUGGUGGCGUCCCCAGCUGCACAGAGACCGAUCCAGAACUCUGCAAGUCAGAGUGACAUGCUGCAAGGGGGCCUUAUGAUUCAACUGGACCCGUCGUCAUACGAUCUUUCUAACACACAUUCGUCAUUCCCCUCGGCCGGCCUGCCUUCCGCUCCAAAUGGUCAUGAGAGCCGCGCCUACAUGCAGCCCACUGCAGCACCAGUGGAUUCAUCGUCAUUCGUCACCCCUCAGAUUCCCCCUUCCCAUUCACGCUCUCCAUCGCUGUCUCCGGGCUCAGGCUCACCAAAGAGUGGAAGCAUGAUGCACAAUGGCCACCGGAGGUCAUUUCAGCGCCAGAGUAUGAACCGAAAGCUUUCCUCCAAUUCUAUGAGCGCACCCAAACCAGUCAAGGCCCCCCACAGUUCAUCGGGGAGUCCAAAGGGAGGCAACAAGGCCGUCACCGUAUCCUUCGUGAAUUUCACACAAAAUGAUUCCAAGAGGAUCCUCACCGGUGUCGCACCCAGUGGCAGCUCCAAGACUAAGGCACGACGUGAGCAAGAAGCCCGCGCUCGACGCCGCGAAAUCAGCGAAGCUGCCUUGCAAGCCGUCCGGAGUGCCGGAGGAGAUGUUGAAGCUCUGGAGGCAAUACUAUGCUAAUAUCAUAUGUAAUAGUAAUACUCACAUGUCGAUCCAGUACAUCGCUCGUUUGCCAGUAUCCGUUUAUUCGUCGUCAUUUGUGUUCUGCGGCUAGCCAGUUUUUUGAAUAUUCGUUAUACCAUUCCAGAGUCUGUUGUUAUUAUUCUUU